AUGAAACCAAGAGAACCGCUACUCGCCGCAGCCACUCUGUGCCCCCGGGCAGGCGGGGCCAAGGCCACCGUACCAGCUGGCCCGACCGAGGGCAAUCAGAAGAAACAAGGUGUGUGAGCUACACAGCGAACAAACGGGACCCCAUCAACCGACCGCGGCGGCAGCCGGGCGAGUGCCAGUCCCCCACCAGCAGCGGUAAUACAAAGGGGAAGUGCAGACUGGUCUGCAGGCCAGCGCGCCGCAGGGCCUACAAGAUCGAGCAGGCUGCAGUGGCCUGACGGUGAAGGCCACAUCCCUCGGCUGGGCUCUGUACGAGUCACCCGGCCCCAGCAAGUCCGCAGCCGUGGCCCAGAAGCUACAACAACUGCAAAGGCGGUUGAAGGAAAGAUGGAGCAACCGGCGUGGAACUUGGAGCGGGGGUGGGCUGGCGUUUGGAGGUGGCACCAGGCAGUCAGUCUGUGUGCACAUGGCUGGAAUGCUGAUGUCACAGCACCUCUGUCACCAGUGCCCUUAAGAAGAGGUAAUUUUGUUUCACACGCCUGGAGUCUCGUCGUGUUAUCAUCCUGUGCAUGGUGUAUGAAACCCUUGCUAUUCCAGCCCUGAGCUCCCCCCAGCUCUGCCGACACCCCGUCCUGCUGCAGAGUGCCAUGGUGCCAGGGGGCAGGAGCUGGCGGGAUACGCCAGGCAGACGUGACUGUAUUUAAUGACUCUGGUGUUUUCUCUUGCUAGAUGCCCGUCGGGCCAAGCCCCUGACGACAGCCCCAUGGCGUUGCACCUGUACAGCCCCCGUGAGUGUCCCCGGAGCUUCCCCAGGCUGAAUGGCCUGCAGCUGGACGAGACCCUGCAGCAGAUGCAGCAGGGGACUCUGAUGCGGAAGGUGAAGUCCAAGAGCUGGAAGAAGCAGCGAUACUUCAAGCUGCAGGACGACUGCAUGACCGUCUGGUACAAGUCCAAGAAGACUGGCAACACCAAGUAUACCUUCUCCAUCAGCGACGUGGAGACGGUGCGGGAAGGGCACCAGUCCGAGGUGCUGCAGAGCCUGGCUGAGGAGUUCCCGCCCGAGCACUGCUUCACCGUCGUCUUCCACGGGCGGCGCGGGAACCUGGACCUGAUCGCCGGCUCCCCCGAGGAGGCGCAGUGCUGGGUCCGGGGCCUGCGCCGCCUGGUGGAGAUCGUCACCAAGAUGGACCAGCAGGAGAAGAUGGAUCAGUGGAUCUGCGACUGGUUCCACAAGGCCGAUAAGAACAAGGACGGGCGCAUGAGCUUCAAGGAGGUGCGGCAGCUCCUCAGGAUGAUGAACAUGGACAUGAACGAGGACCACGCGGUGCGGCUCUUCCAGAUGGCCGACAGGUCGGAGUCGGGGACGCUGGAGGGCGAGGAGUUCGUGCUGUUCUACAAGGCGCUGACGCAGCGAGACGACGUGCUGGGCGUCUUCCAGGCGUUCUCCCAGGACGGGAAGAAGCUGACCCUGCUGGAGCUGGUGGAUUUCCUGCAGCAGGAGCAGCUGGAGGGGGAGAACACGCAGGAGUUCGCCAUGGAGCUGAUCGCCAGAUACGAGCCGUCUGAGAGCGCCAGGGCGCGCCACGUGCUGAGCCUCAACGGCUUCCUCCUGUACCUGCGCUCGCCGGAAGGCGCCAUCUUUAACCCCGUUCACGGGCCGCUCUGCCAGGACAUGACCCAGCCCCUCUGCCACUAUUUCAUCUCCUCCUCGCACAACACCUACCUGCUGGAGGACCAGCUCCGGGGCCAGAGCAGCGUCGAGGGCUACAUCAGGGCUCUGAAGCGGGGCUGCCGCUGCUUGGAGGUGGACUGCUGGGACGGGCCCAGCGGGGAGCCCGUCGUGUACCACGGCCACACGUUCACCUCCAAGAUCCCCUUCCAGGACGUGGUCCGCACCCUGGGGCAGUACGGCUUCCAGGCGUCCGACUAUCCCGUCAUCCUGUCCCUGGAGAACCACUGCGGCCCGGAGCAGCAGCACCUCAUGGCCCAGCACCUGACGGGCAUCCUGGGAGAGCGGCUGCUCACGGCCCCCCUCGACGCCCGCGGCCCCCCGCAGCUGCCUUCGCCGGAGGAGCUGAGAGGAAGGAUCAUUCUGAAGGGGAAGCGGGCAGAGAGCCUGGCACACUCGCCGAGCGGGCAGCCGGACGAGGCCCCGGAGCGGGAGGCGUCCGAGGAUGAUGAUGGGCUGGAGGCGGAGGAAGAGAGCCUGAGCCAGGAGGCCAAGGGGAAGGCCGAGACGUCCCAGGCCCGGGAGCUGUCCGACUGCAUCGUCUACUGCCACAGCGUCCCCUUCGGCGGCUUCCAGCCGGCGCUCGCCCGCCGCCGGCCCUACGAGACGGCCUCCCUGCCCGAGGCCAAAGCCAGGAAGCUGGUCAAGGAGGCGGGGAACGAGUUUGUCCGUCACACCGCCCGGCAGCUGACACGGAUCUACCCCAGCGGGCUGAGGACCGACUCCUCCAACUACGACCCGCAGGAGAUGUGGAACGUGGGCUGCCAGCUCGUGGCCCUGAACGUGCAGACGGCCGGGGUGGAGAUGGAUCUGUGCGACGGGCUCUUCCGGCAGAACGCCCGCUGCGGCUACGUGCUGAAGCCAGCUUUCCUGAGGGACGCGGGAACCGCCUUCGACCCCAACGAUCCCCGGAGCGGGGCCGGGGGCGGCCCGUGGAGCCUGGCGAUUCAGGUCAUCAGCGGGCAGCAGCUCCCCAAGGUGGCCGGCAGCAGGGCGAGCGCCAUCGUCGACCCCCUGGUGCGCGUGGAGAUCCACGGUGUCCCCGCCGACCAGGCCAGGCAGGAGACCCAGGCCGUGGAUAACAACGGCUUUAACCCCCGCUGGGGGGAGACGCUGCGAUUCAAGGUGCACGUCCCCGAACUGGCCCUCGUGCGCUUCGUGGUGGAGGACUACGACAAGGCGUCCAGGAACGACUUCGUGGGCCAGUUCACCCUGCCCUUUGCUAGCAUCAAAUCAGGUUAUCGUCACGUCCACCUCCUGUCCAAGGACGGCACGGCCAUCCCGCCUUCCUCGCUCUUCGUUCACGUCCAAAUCACGGAGCUUCCCUCCCCCGAGUAGCAGCCGAGUGGGUCACGCCAGGCCCCUGUACCAGCCGUUAACAGCCCUGUCCCGAGAGCUGCUGGAGAGACCCCGCCCGGCCCUGCCCGCUUCCUGGCCAAGGCGGCUUUGCACGACGCUGGUUUUCUUUUGAACCUGCCUGUAGCCGUUUGGGCUGCUGCUAUUUGGUGCCCGACGGUUUGCCUGGAUCUCAGCCGGGCUGGGAGGCAGGUGACUGCCCCUCGCCAUGUGGCUCCGCCCCGGGGCUGCAGGCGUGCUCAAGGCCGAGCUGCCAGGUGGGGCGCUCCGGGGGGUUUUGCACGUCCUGGCCAGCAGCACCCCGGUUUCUUCACUACCCUCGAGGGGGCUCAGGCUCAGCUGCGUGGCUAGAAUCAGGCAGGCUCUGCUGCCCCCCGCUGGGUUGGACAGCGGUGCCCCCAAUCGCCCGCCGCGGGCGGCCUCGCGGUGUUCGGCUUGCAGUAGCACCACGGCCCAGAACUACGCCUCUGCCCCACAGAGCUUCCAAGGGGAGUAAAGGACAAGAGCCAUGUGGGGCCAGGCCGGUCAGCGCCCCAGCUGCCUCCCAGGGCUGCGUGGGGCUGGGGGCUGAUAGAGGGAGCUGGGCGGCCGUCUACAGGCAGCUCCUCCUCAGCAUAACGGGCAGCCCCAGAGAAAGCACCGAAGUGCCCACUGGACACUGUAACCCAUGAGCGCCGCCCGCCAGCCAGAGCCAGAGCCAGGAGCCCCCGGUUCCCAUAGGCGCCGGAAGCUGCAGUGGGAGCAGCUGGUGCCUGGCUCGGCCCUUGCAAGGGCUCUCGGCCCAGCGGCAAAGGCCCGGCGUCAGGUGGUCCAGGAAGAGCUGGUCUCUCCUUUUCAGAGGGUGGGGGAGAGAGGCGCCGAACCCACCUGCUUUGCACCUCUCUUGGGAAGCAGCGGGGCAGGGCCAGGCCGGCAGGGAAUUGCCCCAGCAGCUGGGGAAGCCCCCAGGUCCCAUGUGUAGAAUCUCCAUGGUGCUCGAAGCUGGGGCAGGUUAUGGGGCUGCACCCACACAGCUCUCCGCACUCCCCCCAUGCUGGCUUGGGGGGGACACUUUCCUUCCUGGCCUUGCUGCUGUCUGUCACCCUAAGCUGUAACCCUGCCUCCCCUCCCAACACAGAGACCUAUGGCCACCCAGCCUGGGCAGAGCUCCCUCGCCUCAAGCCCCUCUGGCCAGGGGACGCUGUGCAGCCAGGGCUGAAUUUGCAAUCAAAGAGGUGCCACGGCACAAAUUAAGCCGUGCACACGUCCAACAAUACAGAGCGUGGGAGCCUACGUCUCCAGCAGCCUGGGGGGGCCCCUGCUCGGCUCACGGCUCCAGUCUCAUUCCUCCUUCCCCAGCCUUCAGGACCAGUCCCCCGGGGCAGGGGGAUUACAAGGAAGUCAACAAACAUGGACAAGGGUGACCCAGUGGCUAUAGGGUACUUUGACUGUCAGAGUCUUUGACAAGGUCCCUCACCAAAGGCUCUAAAGCUGUCAUGGGCUAAGAGGGAAGGUUCUCUCGUGGGUCAGUAACUGGUUAAAAGACGGAACAAAGGGUAGGAGUAAAGGGUCACUUUUCACUGUGGCGAGGUAAAUAGCGGGCUCCGCCAGGGGUCCAUACUGGGACCGGUGCUGUUCAGCGUAUUCAUACAUGAUCUGGAAAAUGGAAGUGAGGUGGCAAAGUUUGCAGAUGAUACAAAAUUACUCAAGAGAGUUAAGUUCAAAGCAGUCUGUGAAGAGUUAGGAAGGGAUCUCACCACACUGGGAACUGAGCACGAACACGGCAGAUGAAAUUCAGUGUUGCUAAAUGCAAAGUGAUGCACAUUGGAAAACACAAUCCCAACUGUACAUAUAAAACGAUGGGGUCUAAAUUAGCUGAUACCACUCAAGAGAGAGAUCUGAGAGUCGGUGUGGAGAGUUCUCUGAAAACAUCCACUCAGUCAAAAAAGUGAACAGAACGUUGGGAACAUCCUAAUGCCUGUACCAGUCCAUGGUA